UUAAAUUGAAACGCAAGUUAAUAUAAAAAGAGGUGUAUUGAGAGCUUUCAAGUCACUCAACUACUUACAUUCAUUGGAGUGACACCAAACAGCAACAAAGGAAUAACAAUGACUAAAUUCUGGGCUAUAACUUUAAUACUAGCUGUCAGCAUAGCGCAGUUGAUCGGUUCCAGCUUUGCUGUUCCUGUGCAAAUCGAGGAAACUGUAGCAGAUACUAUCAACACAUUAUAUAAUGAUCUCCCCAACAGUAGUCCACUCGAUUUAAACGCACGCCAUGAAUUGUUGUUGGAAUUCGAAAAGCAUUUUGCGCAAUUAUCACGUGAGGCAAUUAGAGUGAUUUUAGCUGAUUUGAAAGCUGCUAAGUCAGCGCAAAGUGUCGCUACUCAAGAGAAAAUCACUGCUUUGACGGAUGCUUUGGCAAUAAUUGAAAAUGUAAAUUUAAUCAAUGAACCGUUAGAUGAAUUUGAAUUACUCAUAGUAACAAAUAUAAUCGGCGAUUUACUCGCUCAAUCAAAUAUACAGUUAGUGAGCGCUGUAAAGGAGCAUAGAAAGCUGGCAUUUGAGUUGGAAUAUUUUAAUUUCAUAUUUGGUGAGGUGUUUGAUGAUUUCGUGGCAACGCUGACGCCACAGGAGCGGCAGUUGGAUGCUGAGUUGGUGGAGUUGCAUCAGCAAUACAAAGAGAGUGACGAGGAUGAAAAGUGGCUGAUUUGGAUUAAAUUGUGGAAUUAUUUUAAAUUUUAAAGAAUUUGUGCGUAGAAAUGAGUUUCUAAAUUUUUAAAUGUAAAUAUAGAAUUAAUAUUAUUAUUUUUUCAAAUAAAG